CAGAGAGCUGCAUGACGUGCCGCUAGUGCAGGUGCAUUUUGCAGACGUGGCAAAAACGCCGCAUGUUUUAAACAUGGCCAUGGCCGCCGCAACAACAACGCCAUUAUUUUAUGUCUCAGCUACUACUCAAGGAAAAACCCUACUUUCUUCAUAUUUUAACCCUAUUAAGAAAAUAUCUCAUCUUUCUCGCUCUAAGGCUUCUCCCGAUUCAAAGACGAUUGAUUGUGAUGGCCUGAAACUAAAACCCGUUAGGCUCAAGAGCUCCUCUCACCAAAUUUGUGGAAUGCCCCUUUCUCAAGGGUUUCAGGUUAAAGCGAUGGAUGACUAUGCAUCGGGUGAGGGGGAGUUGGCGAAGCCGCUGAUUGGGUCUUCGACAAGAAAUGAGGCUUUUACUUGGUCUUCUGUGAUUUUUCCAUUUCUCUUUCCGGCUCUGGGUGGCUUCCUAUUUGGAUAUGACAUUGGUGCCACUUCAGGGGCUUCUAUUUCGUUGCAGUCUGCUGAAUUGAGUGGCACAACAUGGUACAACCUUUCGGCAAUACAGACAGGUCUUGUGGUCAGUGGUUCAUUAUAUGGUGCUCUUUUCGGGUCACUCAUAGUAUAUCCUAUUGCAGAUUUUCUCGGAAGGAGAAGAGAAUUGAUUGUAGCGGCCUCACUGUAUGUUCUUGGGGGUUUAAUCACUGGAUUAGCUCCAGACCUCGCAGUUCUAAUUAUAGGGCGACUUAUUUAUGGUCUUGGUAUUGGCAUGGCUAUGCAUGGAGCUCCUCUCUAUAUUGCAGAGACUUCUCCAUCUCAAAUUCGUGGGACAUUAAUAUCUCUAAAGGAGCUGUUCAUAGUUUUAGGGAUACUGUUGGGUUACCUUGUGGGAAGUGUUGAGAUCAAUGUUGUUGGAGGUUGGCGUUAUAUGUAUGGCUUAAGUGCAUCAAUAGGAAUUGUGAUGGCUAUUGGUAUGUGGAUUUUGCCACCAUCACCUCGAUGGUUACUUCUUAGAGCAGUCCAGGGAAAGGCCAACCUAGGUGAAUAUAAAGAAAAAGCAAUCUCUGCGCUAAGCAGGUUAAGAGGACGUCCUGCCGGAGAUAAAGCAUCUGAAGGUCAAAUAGAGGACACUUUCGACUCCCUGAAAUCAGUUUAUGAUGGUCAAGAACAGGAAGGCAGUAUAUGGGAGGUAUUUGAAGGAGCUAGUUUAAAGGCCUUCAUAAUUGGUGGGGGAUUGGUUUUUUUUCAGCAGAUAACUGGGCAACCAAGUGUGUUGUAUUAUGCCGCUACAAUCCUCCAGUGCAGGAUUUCAGCGGCAUCUGAUGCUGCACGUGUUGCAGUUAUUAUUGGUAUCUUUAAGUUACUAAUGACUGGCAUAGCUGUGGCAAAAGUGGACAGUCUUGGAAGACGCCCUCUCUUGAUAGGGGGUGUAAGUGGAAUUGUCUUCUCAUUGUUCCUUCUGGCUGCUUAUUACAAAAUUCUCCAGGGCUUCCCAGUUGCUGCAGUUGUGGCUCUGUUACUGUAUGUUAGUUGUUACCAGAUAUCCUUUGGCCCAAUCAGUUGGCUGAUGGUUUCGGAGAUCUUUCCUCUGCACACUAGAGGGCGUGGAAUAAGUCUAGCAGUUCUCGCUAACUUUGGCUCAAAUGCAAUAGUCACAUUUGCUUUUUCACCAUUGAAGGAGUUGCUAGGAGCAGCCAACCUAUUUGCAUUAUUUGGGGGCAUAGCAAUGUUGUCGCUCUUGUUUGUCAUCUUUUACGUCCCUGAGACGAAAGGAUUGAGCCUUGAAGAAAUAGAGUCGAAGGUCUUACAAUGAAAUCCCUGUCUUCAAUGGCGUGGCCUCCAUUCUAAUAUAUUUGUAGCUUUCCUCAGAGGCAUCCAUUCUCAACUCAGUUAUCAGUAACUCGGUUGAAUUGUAAUGUAAUUUAUCUUAAUAAAGUUUGGUUUGAUCUCCCUCGGUACAAAAAUAAUGCACCACGUUUCAAGAAUACAAAGCAGGAUUUACAGUUAA